AGGAGGCAAGGCAUGUGUAUUAGACUAGAGUAGAUUAGAUCCAACCUCUAAUCUCAUUUCACUUAACCAAAAAUAAUAAGAGACCAAAUUAUUUAUUUUUAUAGAUUUCAACAAGAUUCUAGAUAUGUCAUACAUAUAUUAUUCUUUUCUUAUUUGCUGCUCAUGUGUCUCAUAUGCCAAUAAGAGUUACAAAAUUUAUAUGUAACACGCCUAUUAUAUUAUAUUAACUUGGUUUAAUACAAGGCUUUGUGUGGAGAAAACACGUACUUUGUGUUAAACAAGACUUCAUCGUCAAUCUGAUUCACUCAACCACCACCUUAAUAAAUAACCAGACAAAAACGUCUAGCCAAAAACCACCCAGAUUGUUACUUUGGUUGGUUUUUUUUGAGAUCCAGUUGUUGUUAACACUUGGCUAAAGCUCUCUUCUUAAUCUGUGGAAAAGGGUUUUGUUUGGUUUGUCUAAACGACGAUGGUGAAGGAAAUGAGACUUGAUUCGAGUGUGGUGAAGCACAAGCAUUUGUUUGUGAAGUUCGCAGUGUCUUUUCUCUUGGUGGGUUUUGCUUUUCGUAUCUUGUAUCCUGAUUCUUUCAGAUUUUCCAUCGAUUUAGAAGAGACCACCUCCACCGACUUGGAAGAGACCACCUCCACUCCCACCUCCAUUGCACAAGACACCACCACCACCACCACCACCACCACAGACACAGACUCAUCUUUGCCUUUGGCCUCCUCCCCAACUCAAACGCCUCUCCCUUUUGAUUCUUCUGAAGAUCAAACCCAAGCAUUUCAGAAUGAGACUGAUUCAGAGUCAAGGGCAGUAAAAUGUGAGAUAUUCAGAGGGGAUUGGAUACCAGACACAUCAGGGCCAAGGUACACCAAUGAGAGUUGCCAAGUGAUAGAAUCUCAUCAAAACUGCAUGAAAAAUGGGCGACCUGACUCAGCCUACUUGUACUGGAGAUGGCACCCAAAGGACUGUGAAAUUCCCAGGUUCAGCCCUGAGAGGUUUCUCAAUCUAAUGAGAAAUAAAUCAUGGGCUUUCAUUGGUGACUCCAUUUCUCGUAACCAUGUUCAAUCUUUACUCUGCAUUCUCUCACAGGUGGAAAAACCUGUUGAGGUUUACCAUGAUGAAGAGUACAGAUCCAAAAGGUGGCAUUUCCCUUCUCAUAACUUCACCAUAUCAGUGAUUUGGACUCCAUUUCUCAUCAAGGCAGACAUUUUUGAAGACAUGAAUGGGGUAUCUUCUAAAGAAAUCCAGCUUAACCUUGACAAGUUGGACAAGGUUUGGACUGACCAAUACGAGAGCCUCGAUUAUGUAGUGAUUGCAGGAGGCAAAUGGUUCCUUAAAACUGCAAUUUACCAUGAGAACAACACUGUCUCAGGCUGCCAUUACUGCCACGGGAAGAACCUAACCGACUUAGGAUUUGAGUAUGCCUACCGCAAAGCUCUUCGCGAAGUUCUUAGCUACAUCACGGGUUCCAAGCAUAAACCGGUUGUUUUCGUAAGAACUACAACUCCAGACCACUUUGAGAAUGGAGAAUGGUUCAGUGGAGGGUAUUGUAAUAGAACAGUUCCCUUUAAAGAAGGUGAGGUUGAUAUGAAAGAUGUGGACACUGUAAUGAGAAGUAUUGAAUUGGAAGAAUUUGAGAAGGCUGCAGAAACUGGUUCAAAUAAUGGGGCUGUUUUGAAGCUGUUAGACACAACCGGUUUAUCUUUGUUAAGGCCAGACGGGCACCCUGGUCCCUACCGCCAAUUUCAACCCUUUGCUGAAGAUAAAAAUGCUAAAGUUCAGACUGAUUGUCUGCAUUGGUGCUUGCCUGGUCCAAUUGAUUCUUGGAAUGAUGUGGUGAUGGAAUUGUUGGUCAAUGGUGAUAAAUAUCAGUAAUCAAGAACUCAAAGGUGUUUGACUUGCACAGACUUUGAUCAUCAGAAAAUGGAGGGAUGAGGAGGAAGAUGGAUUGCUUCACUUCAUGUACACACUUUUUUUUUUUUUUGCAGUGAUCGUGGAGCUGAUUUGCAUCUCAAAUAGCAGGAAGGUAUAUUGGCUUUUGUGCUAAGACGACACAUUGUUGAGAUAAGGAUAGCAAACAGGGAUAGUUUUGUACAAAACCAUUUUUUCCUCAUUGCGUUCUGUUUAUGAAAGCAAAUAAUUUGAACC